AUGGAAUAUUUUAGAUGGGAACUCAUACAUCGAGACAUUCAUAGUGGAAACAUAUUAUUUGUCGAAACAAAUGCAUAUAGCUAUCAAUGGCAAAUUGGAGAUUUUGGAUUAUCUCGACCUGCUAAUAUUACUUCAUCAAGUGAUGAAAUAUAUGGAGUAAUAUCUUAUCUUGCACCAGAAGUAUUUAAUG